AUUCGCUUUAUUUUUUUUUUCUUUUCAUUUUAGAUGAGAAGUAUUGUUGCUGAUACUUCAACAAAUUAUCAUGCACACAUUCUCAAAAUAAUAAUUUCCCUUCAAAACGAGUUAGACGACAUAUUUUUAAUCUUUCGUCUAGCUUUUUUCUUCUCCAAUACUAUGUUUGCGCGUAUCCAUCGGUUUGAAACUUUUAGUGUCGUAGUUACUCCUUAAGGCAAUGUUGCAGCUUUCUUCUUAAUAUCUUUGAGUUGAAUAGUUUGGCUGUGUAUAUAUGUUUAAGUUUCAUACAUAUUCACUAUUGAGUACAACUAUCAACCAUGCAUUGAUAUUGUCUUCAAUUAAUCAUUAAUCUUCGAAUUUCAAAGAACAUAUUAUUCUUACAUGAAAAUCAUAUUGAUUCUAUGAAAUUCGUUGAUAUUUUUAAUAUAUCCCCUUAUAAUUUUUUAUAUUCUACCUAUAUCACAAAUAAUUGUAUUAAUUUACCUAUAUCAUAAGUUUAUCUGCCUAUAAUAUAGAUUGAUUUAAUAUUUUUCUUAAUCUACCUCUAUCACAUAUUAAAUGUGAUUAAACUCUAUGACAUUGUUCAUACUCUUUCAUGUAAGAAAUAUGAAUUUCAUAGAAUCAAUAUCAACAAAGAAAUAUUGUGAUAUAGGUACCUGUGAUUAAACUCUAUCACAUUGUUCGUACUCUUUCCAAUUGCAUAGUGACGUCACAACUCUAUAAAAAUACUACACGACUUCAAGUUUGACUUAUUAUUCGUAGACAUAUUUGCGUCUUUAGCGGCGUUGAUGUUCUAUUGUGUAAAAAAGGACAUUGAUUACUCUCUGUACAAAGAAGGCGAGCGGAGGCCAAUUUCAAAACUGCAAUUUCACACGCGGAUGCACCUAGCAAAAUGGAAGUGAAGUACUAACAUUUUACAAGGCAGAACCUUCAAAUGGAAAUUGCAGAAACCUGGCAUUGAGAUUUGGUUCUUUCAGCAGUAGGACCUCAGGAUUGAAGACUGAGUUAUUUGAUCCUCAUCUCAUCGUCAACAAUUGCGAUUUGGAACAACAAACACAUUAGCAUUAAAUGGAAGGAAGGAGCAAAGCUUCAUAUGACAUCGAAAGCCUGUGCACUCCGUUACUAACUUCAAUGGGUCAGAGUCAGGAGAAUGAUUUGCCUCCCUUGUCCGAUCCGUGUUGUAUCUACAGAGUUCCUGAACCAGUACGGUGUGUAAAUGAAAAGGCCUACACACCUCAAAUAGUCUCUAUAGGUCCGCUUCACCAUGGCAAGGAAGGCUUAGAAGAAAUGGAAGGACACAAGAGGAGGUAUCUGCAGUAUUUUUUAGAGCGGACUGGGGUCAGCGAGAAAGAUUAUGUAACGAAAAUAAAGGGCAAGGAAGCGGAAUUGCGCAGUUGCUAUGCGCACACCAUUGAGUUUAGCAGUGAAAAAUUUGUAGAAAUCAUUCUUGUGGAUGCCGCGUUCAUCAUUGAGCUCUUAUUGAGGAGGGACGGGGAGCAUAUCAAGCCCGAUAGCAAUGACCGCAUCUUUUACAAACCAGGGUUCAUAAAUUUUAUAGUACCUGACAUGCUUUUGCUCGAAAAUCAGCUGCCAUUUUUCAUUCUUGAGGAUCUCUUUUCCUUGACAAAAAAAGAAGAGGAUCUCUUUCCCACUGCCGAUCAGGUGCCGGCUACGAAGCUUUCAGUACUUGACCUCUCUUACGAGUUCUGCAAGAAAUCAACGGGGUUUUAUAUGGAAAAAGACAAUUGGAAAUGUCCUACUUCUGUAGUACAUCAUUUUGUUGAUUUGGUUAGAACUUUACAUCUACCAACGGCGAAGGGGAACUCAGAAAAGGGAGAGCAACUCGGAUUUCGAGGUAUACCGCCCUCGACGAAACUACACAGGGCUGGAGUCAAGUUUCGUCCGGUGAGAUCAAGCGAGAAUUUAUUUGAUAUACGUUUCAAUGAUCAAGACGGAAUUUUGAAAAUUCCACAUCUAAUAAUCGAUGAUGACACAGAGCUUGUACUCCGAAACGUUAUUGCCUUUGAGCAAUCCCAUUGCACUCCGAAUUCCUACUUCUUCAGUGAUUAUAUCAUCCUCAUUGAUCAUUUGGUGAACACCCCAAUUGAUGUGGAAUUGCUUGUCAAGGAGGAAAUUGUUGAAAAUCUGCUUGGUGACAACAAUGAGGUAUCUACUCUGAUUAACAGGCUUUGCAAAGGUGUUGUGUUUGACAGAGAUGAAUUCAGUUAUGCUAAGCUUACAAAGGACCUCGACAACUACUGCAAAAAUCCGUGGAACAUAUGGAUGGCAGAUCUGAAACAAACAUAUUUCGACACACCUUGGAAAAUUAUUUCCUUCAUUGUUGCUACUUGUGUCAUCUUACUCACUAUCACACAAAUGGCGUGGACUUUUACUCGCUAAGUAUCAACAUUAAGUUAGGCACUCCGUUUUCCAUUUCAUUUUUCUUCCUGUUCUUUUCCCAGUUAAUUUCUACUCAUGGUAGCUUUUCACCAUGGAGUACCACAAACUCAAGACCGUUACUAGUUGUAUCAUUAUUUCUAUCAUUUCUUUAAGGGCUGAUUUGGUA